UAUUCUUACAAUCAUUCUUAUCUUUAACUUUACUUACGGAAAAACGACACACAUCCUACCCAGCUGUUGGAGUUGUUGGAGUUGUUGGAGUAAAUACUGCAAAUAUAAACGAAAAAAUGGUCGUUCAGCCAGCUUUGGACACUGCUGUACAGACUUGCCACAAGGCUGAAGAUGACAGUUGCGAUCAAAACAUAGCACAUUCCGACGCUAAAAGUUAUGCUUCUUUUGUAUCACCAAAAAGAGGAUAUGCUGACAAAAUCACAUGUGAUUGUAUCAAGACUGAAAAUGGAGCUGUUGGCCCGAGAAAGUUUUCUGUUUCUUCCGAGUCUGAUGAUAUGAGUCUGAACCCAAUGUGUUCUUCCGAAUCUCCUGCCAAAUGUUGCCUGAAACAAAGAUGUGGCUUAUUCCUAGAAACUGGGUUUUUAAGCGAUGUCACAUUUAUUGUAGGUGAAGGAGAGCAAAGACAAAAGUUUCAUGCUCAUAGAGUUUUCCUUGCAAGCGGCAGCGAGGUUUUCGGAACCAUGUUCUGUAAAAAAUGGUCAGAAUUAGGUGAAAUCGAAAUUCCCGAUGUCGAACCUGUAGCAUUCUCUGCACUUCUCAGGUAUUUAUACACUGAUGAAUUUUGUGUCACAUCCGAAACAGUUGCUGGAACUCUGUAUGCUGCCAAAAAGUAUUCAAUCUUAUCCCUUGAAAACUUUUGCUUUAAUUUUUUGAUGGAUAAUCUAUCUUCUGAUAAUGCCUUUGCUGUGUUGACUCAUGCAAAACUUUUUGAUGAGGAGAGACUCAUUGAUGCAUGCCUUAAAGUAAUUGAUUGUGACACAGAGGCCUCCAUUCUUGCAAGUGGCUUUCUUGAUAUUGAUUCGGGAUUGCUUCAGAUGAUUUUAGCACGUGACUCCUUGAGCAUCAAAGAAGUUGAAUUGUUCAAAGCUGUUCUCAGGUGGAGCGAGGCCGAAUGUGAACGGAAACAUCUGCCUGUAAACGAAAUAAAUCAGCAAGCAGUGAUGGCAGAGAUAUUGCAGCUUAUACGAUUUCCAUUAAUGUCCAUCCAAGAGAUCUCAUCAAUUGUAGCAUCUGCAAAUGUUAUGUCAAAAGAAAAUUUACUUUCUAUUUUUACAUAUCUCUCUUCGAAUCCAAAACCAUCGAUCUGUUUCAAUGCAAUACCUCGUCUUUGGGAAAAAUUCAAAGUAAACAGGUUUCAAGAAGUUGCAGCAGGUUUUGAUUUUCAAAAUGACCUAGAACUGGGAGAAUUUAUCAUCUUUCAAGUUAACAGGGAGGUACACUUCCAAGGUGUUGGAUUGUUUAGUUCAGUUGUGGGGCCAGCUCGUUAUUCCGUUGAUUUGAUAUUGAGGUGUUCCCCGUUCGAUGAAAUUUUGCAACAGGAAAUUAAUGACUACGUGAUUGAUGGAACCUCAUUAACAUUUGAAGCAUGUUUGAAGAGGCCUGUAAAGUUAAAGGCCUGCAAAGACUACAGGGUGUUUGUGAAAAUGAAGGGUCCACCUUCUUUUUACGGAAAGAAUGGAGUUGGAGACAUUGAGGUUCGAUUGCCACAUGAGCGAACUGUCACCGUCAGUUUCUCUAGCUUUCAGCCAACUAAAAAGCGCCGCACAAAUGUUUACACUGGACAAAUUCCAGAACUAAUAUUUACCACUUAAAUUUUUAACACCCCUUAUUACUUUCUGUUCUACAUACUUUUUAUGGCGAGAUUUUAGACUUAUCAUGAACAGAUUUAUUUUUGAAUGUAAAUGAUUUUUAGUGCCUUUCCUGGCAGACACUUCUCAGCAUUGACUUUUAUCUAUCGUAUUCUUCUUCCUAAGUUGUGUUCUUCCUAACUUCUCCCAAAGUGAAAUGCAUGAAAAGUCGUGUUUUCGAUGUGCUCCUUGUAUUAGCUGAAAGCAAUUCCCGUCAAUUCCCACUUGAAGGUUGCAAAUUCUUUUAAUUAUUUUCUGUAUGCAUUUUACCAACUAAUGGGUCCUUUACACCCUAACUAUCUGCUUUUCGUGUUUUUUUUUUUUUUUUUUUUUUUUUUUUUUUUGUGUCUGAGCUCAAAGACUUCAAAUGUUCCUGUAAAUUUUCUAGUGGAAAUCGGGCCUCUUACACCCGAAAAAAUCUAUGUUUUCUGUGCAAUAUCUCUGAGCUCUCAACUUUUAAUAGGCUACACAACUUCCUUUUAAGUCUGUGGCCUUCACCAGAGUCUGUAGAUCGUCUUAAAUAAUAAAGCCUCUGGCCGUGUGCCCUCCUCCCUCUCUUUUUUUUCUUUAGUUCUCUGUAAUUUUCACUUUUCAAUCAGCCUCAACCAAUGAAAACCAUGGUUAGUUGAUGACUGAUGUUAAAAAACUUCAGAACAUGAUCUUUUAGACUCAUGAGAAGCGAAUUCUGAGGGCUGCUAUGUCUUGCACUUUGCCUGUUGUCAGCAAACCAGAAUUCAUGUCUCAAGCCAAGGAAAAUACAUAUGAAAAAGUUGGAGCUUCAGAAGAAAUUUAGGAUUCAUUUGGAAUGGCCUACACAUCCCACAAUGAAUCAUACCGAUAGUGAAAUUCGUGCCAAGAAGUGUCUUCAGUGAAAUAUUUCAAAGUACUUGAGCCCAAAGUUUUUCUCUGUGAUUAUUUUCAGUUAAUCCUAACUGUAUUAUUAAGUAAAUUACAGAGAAAGCUAAAAUCAGUCGGACCUCGUGACACAAUGUUUCUCGUGGAAACAAACUAGCCUUGGUCUAUUUAUAUCAGAAUAAGGUAUAAAUUUACAUUUAUCAGUGCAAAUUUAUAUCAUUUUAGUUAAGCGCUUUUAAUGAAGUGCAAGUAUUUGUAAUUUAAUGUUUGCAUCUUAGAAAUUUAGGUCAUUGACUGUCAGGAACAGAUGUGUGUUUUCAUUGCCAAAGAAUAAACAAUUGGUCAAAUGUAAGUCUGUGAAUUUUCUAAAUUUAUGUCUAGGUUUCAAGAAACUGUGCUAAACCUAUAAAAUUGCUUUCAAGUACUCAAAGAGAUUUUUGAAAAGAAAAGCGUAAAAAUACCUAUCAGUGAUAAAAUAUAAUGAGGUGAUGGAUUUCAUCGUUGACAAUCAUUUUUUAAGGUUUUAAUUUGGAAAAAGAUAAAAGAUCCUCUUUGAAUUCAAAAUCUUUCAAGUAGCUGUGAAAAGUCUGCAAGUGCUUCUCAGGAGAGUUAGAACUAGGAGAAUCUUAGUCAACUCAGGGAGUUGAUUAUAUUGUAAUAAAAAACGUUUCUGUGUAGAAAAUAAAUUCAAAUAUUCAAAUUGAUUAUAUUGUAAUAAAAAACGUCUCUGUGUUGAAAAUAAA